AGGAUACAGCUUUGUAAUGAAAGCAGAGAGAUUUUAGUUCAAUACCAUACUUAAAGAAUCAAUCUUUGAUUACUGCCAUUGAAGUUUCCAUCAUGCCCAUCAAGAUCUGUGUUUGCUCUUAACUCAUCAGCUCAAUACACUUUAAAAGAGGAUGGAAACAACAUCAAUAAGAUGUCUUAUCAACAGUAUUUCUCGAUUCAUUCAUCUGGUUUCAUGCCAGACAAUGAAACUUAUGCCCAUUGAAGAGGAUUACAGAAAUAUGGUUGUUGUGUUAAAACUCUUGAAACCACUUCUUGAUGAUGUUGUUGAUUACAAGAUACCAUCAGAUGAAAUUCUAUGCAAAGAAUGUGAGGAGCUAGAUUUGUCUGUUAAUGAGGCUCGGGAAUUCCUGGAGAACUGGUGUCCAAAAAGGAGCAAGAUUUGCAGUGUUCUGCAGAGUGAAUCCUUUCUGAUGAAAAUGAAAAGCUCUUCGCUUCACAUAUGUCACAUCCUAUAUAGAUUUUUAGAGUCUUCUCCAUCUACUUCAAGUAUGACUGAUAUACAGCUUUGUAUGCAGCAAAUUAAAUGUUUGAAGCAGGAAAGACGAGUAGAUGAUAUAGAAGGGGCUUUGAGAAGUCAAAGAGAUGGUGUGCUUCCUUACACCGAUCAUCUUAUAAAAGUUAUUGAAUCCUUGAGCUUGACAUCAAACCAGGAACUUUUGAGAGAAAGUGUUGCUGUAGAACAAGAAAGAAAGAAUGCUCAAGCCAGAAAAUCCAUAGGAAAGCUGGAGCAAAUUGACCAAAUUGUGGAUCUAAUCUCUCAUGUACGUGAUUGUAUGCUGAAAAUUGAGUACUUUGAACCCAGAAGUGGUGUCUUGAUACCUUCGUACUUCCGUUGUCCCUUGUCGUUGGAUCUUAUGUCAGAUCCUGUCAUUGUGGCUUCUGGUCAAACUUAUGACAGGGCCUCCAUCCAAAAUUGGCUGGAUAAUGGACUGACCAUUUGCCCAAAGACACGUCAAGUGCUCACUCACAGGAAUCUUAUUCCCAAUUACACUGUCAAAGCUAUGAUAGCAGCUUGGUGCAGUGAAAACAAAGUACAACUUUCCAACAGCACUGAGCACAUCAAUCCUGUCUCACUGUCAUCCCCUUCAAACCAUGUAUCAUCUCAAGAUUUGUUGCACACUGAUAGUUUUCGUUGUUCUCUACGUAGUAGCAGUUCAACAUCAAGAUCAUCUCUUGAAGCUGGAAAUGUUCUGGAGAAGCAGAAGGUUGAUGUCUUGCCAAGAUUUAGUGGAGAAUAUGCCAGAUGUAAAGGCAGGGAGAUUGAAAAGUAUGAUCACCCAUCUCCUGAGAACUCGUAUAGUCACAGCAGGACUGCAUCGGUCUCAAGUGCAAUUUCCAGUAUUGAUUAUUUGCCUCCGUCAUUCCAUGAUACCUCAAGCUUUUCCAAGAAACAGGAAAACGGGAAUGACUCAUCAGAAGAAAUUUGUCCUGCUACUUCUCUUUCAACUAAAGAAUCUGAAUUGUCUCCCUGGUUAACUGGAAAGCAAUUCCAUAUCUCCAGCAUAAAAGCAGAAGCAGCAGAAAAUGGAAGUCAUAGCUACAGCAGAACACAGUCCCUUAAAUUUUCUGACUCUGGAUGUGAUGAUCUGACCACAAAUUCCCAUGUCAAGAAAUUGGUAGAAGACCUUAGAAGCCCAUCAAGUGAAGUCCAAAUAGAAGCUGCUGCUGAAUUGCGUUUUCUUGCAAAGCACAACAUGGAAAAUCGUGUUAUUAUUGGCCAUUGUGGUGCCAUUGGACCUUUGCUUUCACUGUUGUACUCAGAUGUGAAGCUAAUGCAAGAGCAUGCUGUCUCUGCUCUUCUGAAUCUAUCAAUUAAUGAAGACAAUAAGGCCAUGAUUGCAAAAGCAGGGGCAAUUGAACCCCUUAUUCAUGUGUUAAAGUAUGGAAAUAAUGUAGCCAAGGAAAAUUCUGCUGCAGCUCUCUUUAGUCUCUCUGGUUUAGAAGAAUAUAAGGCAAAGAUUGGCCGAUCUGGUGCAGUCAAAGCCUUAGUGGAUCUGUUAGCCUCAGGGACACUAAGAGGAAAAAAAGAUGCUGCUACAGCUUUGUUUAACCUAUCAAUUUUUCAUGAAAAUAAGGCUCGUAUAAUUCUAGCAGGAGCAGUGAAAUAUCUUGUUGAGUUGAUGGAUCCUGAUGGAGGGAUGGUUGACAAGGCUGUUGCCCUUCUUGCAAACCUUUCAACAAUUGGUGAAGGGCGCUUGGCAAUUGUGCGGGAAGGGGGUAUCCCCCUACUAGUAGAAGUUGUUGAAUCAGGAUCCCAGAGGGGUAAGGAAAAUGCUGCCUCCAUAUUGUUGCAGCUUUGCCUUAAUAGUCCCAAGUUCUGUACCCUGGUUUUGCAAGAAGGGGCUGUCCCACCCCUUGUUGCUUUGUUGCAGUCUGGGACACCAAGAGCAAAGGAAAAGGCACAACAGCUUCUUAGUCACUUUCGGAAUCAGAGAGAGGGGGCCAUGGGAAAAGGGAAAUCGUGAAGAACAAUAGGAAACAUACUUGUUUUAUUUCAGAUUUCUCUAUUUUUAAGCAUGCCACUCAAUGUAAGUCAUUCUCUCUUGAUAUCACCCUUUGAUCCUUUCAUGUCCUCUUUAGUUUUUCCGCUACAUCAAUCAGCAGCAUAUAACUUUAUUCUUUAAUUUACUCCCCACUUGGAUGUGAGUCUCCUUUUCUCCUUUUGCCCCUUUUGCCCCUUUUGCCCCUUUUUUUCUUCUUUUUGGGUUGGACUGGUUGUUAAUUUCCUGGCUUCAAUUUUUCUUAGCACUUACCUUGCCCUAGCAUCAAUUGUAGUUUUAAUGUAUGUUGCAAUAUAUUUGCUCUUUGGUGUUGUAGAUACUUUGUACAUAUGCUACAGACUCUUGUAAUCAGCUAUAGAUUUCGCUCCAAUGACAUUUUUGCUAUUUGAUAUCAAAUAUCCCAUUGUUUAUGUUUUUUUUUCUCUGAAUGACCUUGAAUGCUUUUAGACUGCAUGAAACUUCCAUGUGAGGCUCUAUGAAGCCCCAUAAACCUGACUUUUCCAG